AUGAAUUCUCCAUUUCGAGAUUCGUCAUCCCCUGAUGUUUCGGCAAUAGCAUCUACAAGCAGCCAGCCUAGAAGUGAUCAAGAAUCGGGAUACAUUGCUGCAUCGACUGAACAAAAUGCUGCAAGAAAACCGGUGGAUUGGAUCCUUGUCCGAAUGGUGAUGGCAGAGGCAUUAGGGACAUUCAUGUUAGUGUUCUGCAUUGGUGGGAUCAUUGGGAACAUGCAAUUUAUGAGAAUUGAGAGAGGGAUAAUGGAAUAUGCAGCCACAGCUGGUUUAACAGUGAUAGUCAUUGUUUUCUCAAUGGGCUCAAUUUCCGGUACUCAUAUUAAUCCUGCUGUCACCGUUGCUUUCGCCACCGUCGGCCCAUUUCCAUGGUCCAAG